AUGCCACCAAAGCUUCUCCUGCACUAUCAAUUGUCCGUCCUGGUGUACGGCUUUUGCCCUCCUAGACAUAUCGAGGGUCAACAGUACAGCGGCGGUUCAGGCAUCAACCUUGCCUUUGUGCGUCAGGCACUGGAUCUCGAGGCCCGUAUCGUUGUCGCCGAUUUGAGGCUGACAGCUGAAGCGCAAGAAAUGGUCGAUACGUCUCCCAACGCCAUCUUUCAAAAAUGCGAUGUGGCAGAUUGGAAAGAUCUCCAGAAUCUCGUGGGUACCGCUGUAAAGGAGUUUGGAGAUGUCCCUGAUGUUUACGUCGCCGGCGCGGGCGUCUUCGAGCCUUUGUGGUCAAGUUUCCAGGGAGACACCGAGACUGAACGCUACGCCCAAGUGGAUAUUAACGUCAACCACCCUAUCAAGCUCACGAGGAUAGCGAUCAGAGAGUUGGGAAACAAGAAGAAAAAAGGCGUGGUUCUCAUCACUGGUUCAGUUGCUGGGCUUCGAGGGGAGUAUGCCGUCGCCCUGUACUGUGCAACAAAACAUGCAAUCACCGGCUUCGUACGAUCUAUGAAGAAUGCCCAGUCGAUCAAUGGUGUCAAGGUCGUAGCCGUUGCACCCGGGUAA